AUGGAAUGCUUGCGGGAUAAUUUUGUCGGAGGCGUCCUCCUCGAUGGAGGUCGCUUCCAAACCCUUUCACCACUCAAUCACGGCUCUUUCGGCAUGGUGUUUAUGGCGCAGGAUCUUGCAUCCAACCAGCCGGUUGCGAUCAAGUGCUUGACCAAAAAGGCCGGCCAAGGCGAUUGCCAAGAGUUUGCCGUUGAUGAGCGCUCCGAGGAAAUGGUUCUUCACCGAGCCAUCAGUCCUCACGACAACAUCGUCAACCUCAUUCACUCUUUCGAAACCGAAGCCCACAUUUAUCUCGUGUUGGAGUUUUGUGGCCAGGGCGAUCUUUACGAAGCGAUCCGCAACGGCCAUGGACCUCUCCAGACUGAGCACGUUCGUCAAUUCAUGCUAGAGCUUGUGGACGCUGUCGAAUACAUCCACUCCAAGGGCAUCUACCACCGAGACAUUAAGCCUGAAAACAUCUUCCUCACUCAGGAUGGUGCCAUGAAGCUUGGUGACUUUGGUCUAGCUACGACUGACAAGUGGUCAUACGAGAUGACUGUUGGAAGCGAUCGCUACAUGGCUCCUGAGCAAUUCGAUUCUGCUGGUGCUGGCUACUCGCCUGCCGAGGCUGAUGUUUGGGCCAUUGGUAUCUGCCUUCUCAACAUUCUCUUCUCUCGCAACCCCUUCACCACCCCGACGGAGGCCGAUCCUCUCUUCCUUGACUACUCCCGGGACAAGCAGAGCCUGUUCGACGUCUUCCCUUCGAUGUCCCAGGACACGUACGAAGUCAUUGUUCAGUGCAUGAACUUGGACCCCAGGAGACGUUCUUUGAUCGGCGCCAGAGAAGCUUUGAUGCGCGUCGUCUCCUUCACCACCGAUGACGAGUCCCUGGACGACUUUUGUGGUGCUGAAAAGGCGACGGUGGCCUCUGCCAACAGAGAGCCCCUCCGCACACCUUCCUUGCAAAGCCCUCAAGUCGAGUUUGGUGCCUUUCCUUGGACACGCGCCCUGCACGCUACUCCCCAGCGUACUGGUCGUCAACUCAGCGCGAUCCCCGACGACGAGAGCUACACCGAAGACCUCUUCUCCAAGUCCGAGAAUACUGUCGACUGGUGUUCGGCUGCCCCUCAGACGCCGUCCAUGUCUUCGACACUGGAGUCGCAUCUUAUGCCAGCGAUGAAGUCCAUGACAAUCAGCCAGCCCAGGCGCCCCAAGAUCUCGCCUGCUGCAGGUUCACUGCCGAUCACCAUGGCCAAGCCACUCACGCUUUCCAUGUCGUCUGUCUUUGGUCGACGCGACCCGGUCUCCAAGAGCUGGAGCGAUAUGUGGGAUGAGGAUGAGGAGGAAGAGUUUGAGCAGCAACGCGAGGCUCUCAAGACCCUCAACUCACGCACAUGGAGCCACGAGAGUGUCCUUGACGCCGAGAAGGAGAAUUCUCAACCAGUUCCCGAGGUUAACCAGAUCGAUGGCGACGUUGACGGUGACUUGGCUGAUGGCUUCUUCUUCCACGAGCCCAUCCUGCCCAAGCCGGCCGAGGCCGUGCCACGCUACUCUCCUCCUUCGAAGCGAAACAACUUUGACAAGUGGUCUGCUCUCGGUGAGCGCCGCCGCGGCGGCUCUGCAAUGGACAACCAGAAGCCACACGCUUUGAAGCACCGUCGUUCUUUUGGUUUUGGGUACAAGUCUAACGAGGCGGGCGUUUUUGAUACAACACUACGGAGCGCAAUGAAGGACCGCGCCAAGGAGUUGCCCGUAAGCAAGGGCAGAGAUCUGAACUGGCGUCGUGAUGGACGCACGGAUCUUGGGGAUAUUGAGUGGGUUGGUGGCUGGUAA